GUGUUUUAUCAUCUGCAGUCACUUGGUUUGAACGUCUGCUGAACUAACCCACACUUCCUGGUAUCUAUUAGGAACCCGUUCUUACCGAAGCCCACUCCCCGUCUGCCUCCCACCCCGCGUGCCAUUUCCUCACCAGUUGCUUUCUUUGCCCAAUAGCUUGCUCGCAAAAAUAAUCGUAUGGUGCAAAUCUACAAGAACGAACACAUCUAUCCCCACGACUUCAAGACCGUCAGCUUGGCGUACUUGAACCGGUAUCCAAACCCUUAUGCCAAACAUGUGUUGAGUAUCGACACCUUGGACACCCAUGUCGAUAACAAUGGUAAUUUGGUGAUUACUAAGUUGAUGGUCAAAACUGGUCCUUUGCCCAUGUUCAUCAAGCCGUUUUUGGGAUCCAAUUUGAACAGCUGGAUCCUCGAGAAAACCAUCAUCAACCCUCAGACCAAGAGGUUGAUGACAUAUUCUGCCAACAUUGAUCACAGGAAAUUCAUCAAGGUGGAAGAGUUCUUGUACUACUCGGAAAUCGAUGAAUAUUCCACCCAAUUAAAAAGCAAGGUCAAGUUUCUGUCCAACCUCAUUGGAUUUAAGCAGAGAAUCGAAGAUUGGAGCAAGCACCGGUUUGCUUCAAACAUUGAAAAGUCCCGUCAUGGGUUGACGUUUGUGAUGAACGAGUUGAAGAAGCAGAAGGUGUACUGGUACGAGAAGUAGAGAUGGCAAUACCUGUUGUUCUACUGGUGGACUCUUGAAUCAAUAACAUCUCUAUGCCAUAUCACUCUAUUUAUUAUGACUUAUGAAUACCUGUAAAUAUGCAAUACAUGCGCUUACUAGCUGUG